UAUCGUGCGGACUGCAUUCAGUGAGGGCGGAUUUUUUUUCAUUGGAGCUUUUUCAUGCUACGAAUAAUAAGGUGUUAAUUCGUUUUAAUUACCCAAAAUGUACGAGGAAAUCACCCGUUUUAUGUCAUAUGGAACAAGAACAAAGUGAAACAUUAACCUGAUUUUUGUCGCGGAAACUCGUUUAUUUUUUACUUGACUUAAUUCACUGCCUUAGUAUUAGAAAUAGUUAACAAGAGGGAACAACUGCAAAAGGCUGUUAAGUGACAUACUGUUUUCUAGCUAUUUCUACGUCUUUAAAAUAGCCAAAAAUUACACAACAGAUGUUUAUCAUCAUAAAAUAGCAAAAAAGGGAUGCGCAUGUAUGGAACUGAAAAGUGAACUCGAAGAACUUAAAUUAUUCCGGGACUUAACACAUUAAAAAAAAACAUUCUGUACUAUUGUAUUUGAUAAUCAUUUUCAAACAGUCGGACAACGAUACGUGUUUUAGAAUACUAAAAAAUUCAGUAGAAUAUAUUAAUAUUAUUUUAAAUCUGUGUUUUCGGAAUAACUCCGCCAUGAAAGCUCAGCUAGUGUUCGAUGUUCUAAAGGCGGUAGCUGUGCGGCUUGUGCUACUCGUGCAUAGCCUCCUGGUCAUCUGGUUGGCCGCCUCAAUCACCCACCGGAAGCAGCUCUGGCUGCUGGCGAUUGUGGACCUGGGGAUGCUCGUAGAGGCUGUGUUUACCGUCGGCAAAAACAAGGCACAGGAAUGGAAAUGGUUUUGCCCCUGCUUCCUGUUCUACCUAAUGGGCACGGUCCCCGGCAUCUGGAUCCUCGAGCUUAACCGGAUGUACGACUACCAGGACCGUCUCCAAAGCAACGGAACAUCCCAGCUCCGCCAGAAACUCGAGGAUAUUCAGGGGCUGGAGGUGCCAAUCGAACUGGAAACAGACACGUGGGUGGUGAUUAUGGAGCAGCUCUUCCUCUACCUGAUGAUCCUUGGACGCUGGGCUCUACCCCGGGGCGAAAUCACUAGGGGCGAACUGUCCCAGCUACUCUUUGUCUUCAUCGGAAUCGCAUCAGACAUCACGGAGUUGUUCGCGCUAUUUGAAGAGAACACGGUCCGCAAAAACACGGGGCUCACUUACGCCAUAUUAUGCAUCUGGUCAAUCAGCCUUUUGCAAUUUACAUUCGUGCUGACGUCAACGCACAGUCCACGGAAGGCUGUGGCCGCGGCGGCGGCGUUCACGAGGGACGACGAGGAUGAAGAAGCGGAAGUGGACGAAGGCUGUGUGAAACAUGUGUUUCAGACGGAGGUCUGGAGCAUCUGCGUCAACUUCCUGUUCCAGGACGGGCCGUUCCUCGCCGUCCGCCUAUACGCAAUGAUCGCCCUGAAGAUACUCACGUACAGCAUAAUUUUCUUCACGGCGAAGAACGCGCUGCUGGUCAUGCUCCUGGUCUAUCGACUAUCGGUUCUCUGCUGCGAGCGGAAGCGGAAAGUCGCCAACGGAAGCGGAAGUGAGAAUGACGUCUCGCGCGAAGUUUCCAAGCAAAGUUUGAGCAAACUCGAACAAGAAAAGGCGAGAGAAAGUAUUGUUUCAGCAUAAUAAUGAUAAGUUUUACUUUUGAAAUAAACGCUUUUGUCGUUUUAAUAUGUUUCUUUUUUCAGGAGUGCGCGUAUUGUGAAGGAGUAUAAACUAAUGAUAUUCUGUAUAUGGUACCAGUACAACACUUUGACGUUUAUGUGUUUCAAAUAUUUCCCUUAUAUAUCUUAAACUUGUACAACUUUCUUUUCUAUCGAGUAUCAAAACUCUUUUAAUAAAUAUUUACUUCAUA